GGCCGGGGCAGGGACGUGGCCGGGGCGCGGCUAUGGCGGCGGCGAAGCCCGGGGGAGGCACCGGCACCAACCUGCUCUUCUCCUCCUCCGCCACCGAGUUCAGCUUCAACGUGCCCUUCAUCCCCGUCAGCCAAGCGCCGGCCGCGCCGCCCGGCCCCGCGCUGCUGCCCGCCGAUGAUUCUGCAGACGUUGGGGAAGAGGACAGCUUCUUGGGUCAGACAUCAGCCAGCCCCAACCCUCCACAGACUUUCAGCUACUUCUCUCAAGUUCCCAGCAGCAGUGAUCCCUUUGGGAGUAUUGGACAGCCACCCUUAACAACUGUGUCAACACCUGUUGGAGCACCAGCCUUCUCCAGACCUCCCACUUCACUUCCACUCGUGUCUGGGUCCCAGGAUGGGCAAAAUGCCUUUUCACCACAUAUUCCCAAAUCCCAGUCUUACAGUGCACCACCCACUUCCCAGGUGGGAAUGGCGCCAUACCAGCCCCCUCAGCAGAGCUGUCCCCCACCUGCCAGCACUGCCCUGCCCACGGGGACCCCACAGCAGCAGGGCUACAACCCCUACAGACACACCACGCUGAGCAGCAGGGCCAACCCCUACCUCACCCCACCCCAGCUGCAGCAGAGCCACCCCCCUGCCACAGCGUCCCCUGUGCCACCCGUGCAGAUGUACCAGACACCCCCGGGGCCACUGACACAGUUUCCACCGUCCCAGUCCCAGCUCCAGCCUGCCAGGCCUGCAGGGCCCCUGGUCCCAGCCCCUCCUGUGCUGCUGCAGAACCAAUACGAGCCAGUUCAGCCCCACUGGUUCUACUGUAAGGAGGUGGAGGACAAGCAAAUAUGGAUGCCAUUCAGCAUUCUGGAUUCUGCAAAACUAGAGGAGGUCUAUAAUUCUGUCCAGCCUGACCCUGAGAGCGUGGUGCUGAGCACGGACGGCGGCCGCUACGACGUCUUCCUGUACGAGCGCGUGAGGAAAGCCGUGUACUGGGACGAGGAGCCCUCGGAAGUGAGGCGCUGCCUGUGGUUCUACAAGGGAGACAAGGACAGCCGCUUCAUCCCUUACACUGAGGACUUCAGUGACAAGUUGGAGGCAGAAUAUAAAAGGGCUGUAACUACAAAUCAAUGGCAUCGGCGACUUGAAUUUCCAAAUGGGGAGACAAUUGUCAUGCAUAAUCCUAAGGUCAUAGUUCAGUUCCAGCCUUCUGCCACACCAGAUGAAUGGGGCACCACUCAAGAUGGGCAGGCAAGGCCAAGAGUGGUGAAACGUGGAAUUGAUGAUGACCAUGAUGAGAUUCCUGAUGGAGAAAUGUCCCAAAUUGACCAUCUGGUAUUUAUGGUUCAUGGCAUAGGUCCUGUAUGUGACUUGAGGUUUAGAAGCAUUGUUGAAUGUGUUGAUGAUUUUAGGACUGUUUCUCUGAAGUUGUUGCAGACUCACUUCAAGAAGUAUUUGGAGGAACGCAAAGUGAGCAGGGUGGAAUUCCUUCCAGUUCACUGGCACAGUUCUCUGCAUGGAGAUGCAACAGGUGUAGACAGGAACAUAAAGAAAAUCACUUUGCCGAGCAUUGGUCGCCUGAGGCACUUCACCAACGAAACGCUGCUCGACAUCCUGUUCUACAACAGCCCCACCUACUGCCAGACCAUCGUGGAUAAAGUGGGCAUGGAAAUGAACCGCCUGUACGCGCUCUUCAUGAGCCGCAACCCCGACUUCAAAGGGGGAGUCUCUGUGGCUGGGCACAGCUUAGGUUCCUUAAUUCUAUUUGACAUACUGUCUAACCAGAAGGACUUGGCUUCAUCAGUAAAUUCUGGACCAUUCUCCGGUGUUAAUGGGAGUGUGAAGGACGUGGCUGUUCAUGAUAAACAGAUGACUGAAGAUACCAGUUCCUUGGGCUCCUCCAUUGCUACUUCUGCUGAUGACCUUUGUGAGGCUGAAGCAGAGGAGGAUGUUCCCACUCUGCAGAAGACUCUGGAAGUGCUCAGUUUGUCAGAGUAUGCCAGCACCUUCGAAAAGGAGCGGAUCGACAUGGAGUCUCUGCUCAUGUGUACAGUUGAUGACCUGAAGGAGAUGGGGAUACCUCUUGGACCUAGAAAGAAAAUAGCUAAUUUUGUAAAAGACAGAGCAGCCAAGCAGGAACAGAAGAAAGCAGUAGCAGAAAGGAAAGCAGUGCUGGCUGCCACACUCCAGACUCAAGAAGACACCCAGAAAUCAAAGGAGGCAAUUUCUUCUGUCUCACCUUCAGAGUCUGGUCAGAUGCACUCAAAGAGGAAGCUCCCAGUUGGUGCAUCUGUGUCUUCUGUGAACAUUGACUAUGAGUAUUUUGAAGUUGGAACUGGCCAGGUUUCUGUGGUUUACAGUGCACUGGACUUUGAACCAGAUAUUUUCUUUGCUCUUGGUUCCCCUAUUGGUGUGUUCCUUACUGUGAGGGGUGUGGAGAAGAUUGAUGAAAACUACAGACUCCCUACCUGCAAAGGGUUCUUCAAUAUCUAUCACCCACUUGAUCCAGUAGCUUACAGGUUAGAACCAAUGAUCAUUGAAGACAUGGAUUUAAAACCAGUUCUCAUUCCACAUCAUAAAGGCAGAAAAAGACUUCAUCUGGAGCUGAAAGACUCUCUGUCUCGGAUGGGAUCUGAUCUGAAGCAGGGCUUUAUUAGCUCUUUGAAGAGUGCGUGGCAGACCCUUAAUGAAUUUGCACGUGCUCAUACAUCUUCAACCCAGCUGCAAGCAGAGCUGGAGAAAGUAGCUAACCAAAUUCAAGAGGAGGAAGAAAAGCAGGUGGUGGAAGCUGAGAAGAUCAAUGAAAGUCCAGACCCUCCAAAAGAUGAAGAUGUUUCAGUGAAGGUUGGGAUGCUGAAUGGAGGGCGUCGCAUUGAUUAUGUUCUACAAGAGAAACCAAUAGAAAGCUUCAAUGAGUACCUGUUUGCUUUGCAGAGUCACCUGUGCUACUGGGGAUCUGAAGACACUGCCUUGCUCUUUCUCAAAGAGAUAUACAGGACCAUGAAUAUCAAUCCUGAGCAGCCACAGCACUGAUGUAUAAAAAUAUGAAUUUCCAUUCCUGUUGCUCCAGCAGACCUGGUGAAAAACCCUCUGAAGAACAUCUGGUAUUUUCAUAGUUGCAUAUGAGAGGAUAAACAUCAGAGGUUUUUUUCCUGCCAGUCCAGAACUUGCUUGGAUUCUACCUUCUUGUGUCACUUCAAGCAAACUUAAGUUAUGAGAUGAUCAGGACUGUCAUUCAGGAGAUGGAUGGAAUGACACAGUUUUGAUCUUAAAUCAGCUCAAUUGUACCAUUGCCAAAUGUAAGGUGAUUGAUGAAGGUUUUUUUGGCAUGCAGAUCAUAACUUCUCUCCUUCAGCUCUCCUGUCUCAGCUGGCUGGCAGACAUGCUUUGCCUACCAAGGGAGCAUGUCCUUAGUAAAAAGGACGUGAUGAGAAACGGCAAUAAUCUACUUUUCUUGACACAUUUGUUCAUGCCCCUUUAAGAAAUGAAAUGUGAACUGAAGUUAUAACCAUCUUUAAUACAGAUUACACAAACCAGUUCAUAUUUACUAAAAACUAGCAACCAGAAUAAUUUUCUUACUAUUGUAAGUGUGAUGGAGAUUAUUUUAUAAAGACCUUUUUAAGCCUCUGUUAAGAGUUUUAUUGUGGCUUUUUUUUAAGUAAAAAUGAACUUUUGCCUUUGAAAAUAUUACAGCUAGUUCAGUGUUCACGUAUCCUGAAAUAAGGAACAAUUUAAAAUGGCAUUUUGAUCUGGUAAUUAUAGAAUCACAGACUAUUGUUAAGUUAAUUAAGGCAAUUUUAGUGAAAGUAGGCUGCAGUUACGAGAACUAAAACACUUACCUUGACCUUGCAGUUUGACAUCUCAAAACUGUUACUGUAAAUAGGAAUGUGAAGCUUAUGGGUGCUAGAUAAUAAUCUAGGUCCAGCCCUGCAAUCCAGACUCCAUUUUCAUGAGGUUGGGGUGAGUUAGGUAUUGUGAAACUCUUGGAAUUAAUGUCUCUGAGUACUGAGCUUCUGUAGCUUUCCUCUGGCUUCAAUUUACACACACAUUGUGGCUUUCCUUAAUAUUAGUGGCUUAGCCUUAUUCCUGACUAUUUGCCUCUGUUAUUGCAGUAAACAAAUUUUGAAAUGCAAUAUGUUUUUUUUUUCUUGAUAUAUGUAAAAUACACAUUAUUGUGUAUACAAAUUGAUGGCUGUAAUUAAAAUUACCUUACUUCCAGUGGG